UUCCCUAACUUUCCAUGUACUAGAUCCAGUGAAAAUUUUAAACAAACUAAAACAAAAUUUGCAGAGAAACAUAGCAGCAGCCAUGGCAGCUCGCAAGAGAGCUUCAGCGGCAGAUACAAAGCCAAGCCCUCCUCCUCAAACCCAGGAAACAACCACCCUAAUUGACCCGCCUAUCGCUCCACCUAAGAAAGCCUUAAUCUUCAAAUUCUGUCUUUUCUUUUCAAUCCCAUACUUUUACCUUCUUUACCAAUACUACACGAUCGAGCAAGAACUCAGGAGAUCCAUCCUUAUCAAUGCUUCCCUUUGUGUUACCGGCUUCUUCCUUACUCAGAGAAUGAUCCCUGUUGCUUCUAGAUAUGUUUUGAAACGCGGUUUAUUUGGAUUUGAUAUUAACAAGAAGGGUACCCCUCAAGGCACUGUUAAAGUGCCCGAAUCAUUGGGAAUUGUUGUAGGCAUUGUUUUCUUGGUAUUGGCUAUUCUAUUCCAGUAUUUUAACUUCACAGCUGAUUCAAAUUGGCUCGUUGAGUAUAAUGCAGCCUUAGCAUCCAUCUGCUUCAUGAUUUUACUUGGAUUUGUAGAUGAUGUCCUGGAUGUCCCUUGGAGAGUGAAACUACUACUACCGUCAAUUGCUGCACUUCCAUUGUUGAUGGCCUAUGCUGGACAUACAACUAUCAUAAUUCCAAAGCCUCUUAUUUCAUAUGUUGGGCAAGAGGUGUUGGAUCUAGGAUGGGUGUACAAAUUGUAUAUGGGGCUUUUGGCAGUAUUCUGCACAAAUUCUAUUAACAUUCAUGCUGGUUUGAAUGGCCUUGAAGUUGGGCAAACAGUUGUGAUUGCAUCAGCUAUUUUGAUACAUAAUUUAAUGCAAAUUGGAGCAUCUUCAGAUCCUGAGUAUAAACAAGCUCAUGCUUUCUCUAUUUAUCUUGUGCAACCCUUACUAGCCACUUCCUUGGCCUUACUUUCCUACAACUGGUAUCCUUCUUCAGUUUUUGUUGGGGAUACAUACACAUACUUUGCUGGAAUGACCAUGGCUGUAGUUGGAAUUCUGGGACACUAUAGUGAAACACUCUUGAUUUUCUUUCUUCCUCAAGUGUUGAACUUUCUCUUGUCACUUCCUCAGCUUUCUGGCUAUGUCAAAUGUCCCCGACAUCGUCUUCCAAGAUUCAAUCCUGAAACUGGAUUACUUACUGGAACACGUGAUGGUACACUCAUAAACUUUUACUUGAGAAUGGUUGGGCCAAAAUCAGAAAAGACGCUUUGUAUCCACCUCCUCCUUGUUCAGGCCCUAGGAUGUUGCUUCUGUUUCUUGCUGAGAUACUUGCUGGCUGGUUGGUACAAAUAAGGUGGCAGCUUUAAAGAAAUGCAAAAUACUUUUGCUAUACGGGUUUGUGGUGUAGAACAGGAGAAAUGGUUUUUUCAGCUGAGAGAAAUGAGCCUACUAUCUUGACAUACCAUUUUCAUUUUGACAAUUUAUGUAUUUGGUGGAAGACAAAGUUUGAGAAUAUUAGAUAUGGGGAAACCAAAGCCUCAAAUACUGUAUUUUUGUUUGCGUUAGGAGGUCCGUGUUUAAAACUGUACAUUGAUUCACAUAAAUUUUAACUACUUUUUUAUA